AUGCAUAAACCAGACGAAACCGAAACUGCUAAUAGUAAUAGUAAUGUAGAUGGGAGCGAUGCUCCAGUUGAUGGAAAUGAAACAGCUGAUAAUGCAGGUGAUAAUGCAGCUGAUAAUGCAGAUGAUAAUGCAGACGAUAAUGCAGGCGAUAAUGCAGGCGAUAAUUCAGGCGGUAAUGCAGACGAUAAUGCAGGCGAUAAUGCAGACGAUAAUGCAGGCGAUAAUGCAGGUGAUAAUGCAGAUGAUAAUGCAGACAAUAAUGCAGGCGAUAAUGCAGCCGAUAAUGCCGACGAUAAUGCAGACGAUAAUGCAGGCGAUAAUGCAGCUGAACUGUCGGAAUACGAAGGCAGCAAGAUGAAAUUAAACCUGAUAUUUGAUGUAGUACAAAAUAAUCCUGACGCUUUUGAUGAAGAUUCAUUAGAAGAACAAAAGCUCUUAUUUGCUGAAUUAGAGACAGAAGCUACACCGGUUGUCAGUGAAGAGGAAAUGCAUAAACCAGACGAAACCGAAACUGCUAAUAGUAAUAGUAAUGUAGAUGGGAGCGAUGCUCCAGUUGAUGGAAAUGAAACAGCUGAUAAUGCAGGUGAUAAUGCAGCUGAUUAUGCAGAUGAUAAUGCAGACGAUAAUGCAGGAAAUAAUGCAGGCGAUACUGCAGGCGAUAAUGCAGACGAUAAUGCAGGUGAUAAUGCAGACGACAAUGCAGGCGAUAAUGCAGGUGAUAAUGCAGAUGAUAAUGCAGACGAUAAUGCAGGCGAUAAUGCAGACGAUAAUGCAGCCGAUAAUGCAGACGAUAAUGCAGACGAUAACGCAGGUGAUAAUGCAGAUAAUGCAGGCGAUAAUGCAGCUGGCAGUAAGUAG